AUGGGUGAAGGUAUAUGGCUAGUGUGGAGUGAGAGAUGUGGGACCGGUAAGCGGUGGAGUUGGCGAGAGUUGGAGUGGAGCUACCGCCUUGUGUGUGAAGCCGACGGCAAGGCGAGUAGUGGGCAAGACCGGCGCAGGUGCUCGAUGAGAAGGAGUUACGACUAUGUUAAGCGGGCUCUAUGUGUGUGUGUGAUAAGGGAUAGUAGGUUGGAGAGGGUUGGCUUGGUAUAG